UCUUUGAUACGCAGGUUAGUAAAAAGCCGUAGAUAAUAACGGAGUAUAUUCGCCAGAAUACAUCUUAGUUAAAACGUGCAUCAAGAGAAUUAUUUGUCAAUUUAUGAAAAAAAGCCACUUGGAAAAAAUUGGCCAGCGACCGUGAUUUGGGCAAAUAUUGAUGCAAGGGUGGGAAGAGCAGAAAAAUCAACUAUUAGCGCAGAAGCCGCCUGUCGACGACCAGUGCAGCAACGGCGGGGAUCUUGUGAUUCAAAGGUUCCAGUUUCGGGGUUGGACAAAGACAGGGUUCGGAAUACAAACGCAGCCGAGAGAGAAAAAAGAAGUCGAUCAACGGAAGGCUCGAGUCUUCUUUCUAUCUCUCUCUCUCUUUCUUUUUUUCUUUUCUUUUCUUUUUUUUUUUUUUUUUUUGGCCCAUCCCCUCCUCCCCUUAUCCUUCCUGUCCCGCCCUUGCAAAAAUUAGCCGCAGUAGUGAAGGUAGCAUCCGUGAACUUCAACAGCUGAGACACGAUGGUACGGCAUCAAGGAAGCAGAACCUAGUGAGGUAGGGGCGCCGGACAAGGUGGGUGACAGGUCAGACGGCCGGCCGCAU